AAUAAUAAAAUUUUACACUACGAAUUGUGACGAAUUGGAAGAGAAUUUCAAGCAAUUUUAUAAAAUUACUGCUAAGAAAUAAUUAACUUCGUAGUUUAAUUAACUCUUUGAUACCAAAAAUGAAAACUGUUGUAGGAAAAAUUUGUAAAAUUUUACUAUUUGUGUUAGUUUUUAUGAGCGUCAUAUCACAUGUUGUUCUUGGUCAAUCUUCACCAAAGAAAUUGCAAAUUGGAGUGAAGAAACGUCCUACCGAAUGCCCUAUUAAGAGUAGAAAGGGAGAUCUACUACAUAUGCAUUACACGGGCACAUUAGAGGAUGGCACUGAGUUCGACAGUUCAAUUCCUAGAGGAAACCCUCUUACAUUCACAUUAGGCUCCGGUCAAGUCAUCAGAGGCUGGGACCAAGGCCUCAUGGGAAUGUGCGAAGGAGAGCAAAGAAAGCUGGUGAUCCCUCCAGAACUGGCGUACGGAGAAGCUGGAGCGCCACCGAAAAUACCAAAGUCUGCAACUCUCACUUUCCAUGUAGACCUUGUGAAGAUUGAAAGAAAAGAUGAACUGUAAAUAAAAAAAAAACCAUUA